UUAUCAAAAAUCAUAAUGUAAACAAGUAACCUCGAUUUUUUAUCACCAAGUAGUUCACUGAUAAUGUCCUAUCCAUGUAUUUAUUAUCUAUGGCAUGGCAUGAGUAAACAUGACAAAUAUAAUUGAUAAGAAAAAAAUUGUGAUAAUGAUUUCGUAAAUUCUUACACUCCUGAUUGACGAGUAAACGUAUUUUAAAGUCAUUCUAUUCUGUUAUUUAAUUUUAUUCGGACGUUCUGACGUUCAGUUUACAAUUUCAUAACCCCAAAUACAUAUUACGUCAUUGUUUUUUCUAUGGUGUAACAAAUAAUAUAAUAAGAAUCAUAAAUUAGAUGAAAUAAUAUUUCAACUAUAUUCUACAAUUGUUGCUUGUGUUUUAACUUUUAACAAUGUCCAAUUUAAAUGAUGAACCGGGAACUACAGCGUCUGAUAAUGGUAAUCGUAAAUAAGUUUGUCUGUAUAUAUUGUCAAAUGUCUUUAUGUUCACAAAUUGAAAACAGAUAGUAGAGCGGCAGUGCCUGUUGCCAGUCGUCGUAUAAGCUUUGCGUCUGCUCUUAUGAUGCAAAUAGAGCGUAGAGCAGCUGAAGGUUUAGCCAUGUUUCGAAGCAACGUGGACAACACAGUUGAAGAACUACGAUCAAUAAUUACAGUGGCACGCAACCCCCAUCCUGGAUCGCCACAACCGCUUGGUCCCAGUUCAUCUAUACGCCUGAGUCUGCCUACCUGCUUGAAUUUGAACACCAACCAUGCUCACUUACCUCUCUCUCCACCAAGUAUAACAGAAACAGAAGACCAAAACUUUACAACUGCAGUAUCACAAAGACUUCCUUUGACUACUCAAGGAUCACUUACUGAACAAAACAAUGAUGUAGCAAUAGAUAUGAAUUUAUCAAGCUCAGAUUUACAUGUAGAACAGCUGCCUCAAAGUCCAGGAGGGUCGUCACUUAAUGGAUCUAACAAUGAUAACAAUGAGAACCAAAGCGAAGAAGUUGUUCUUCAGCACAACCCAGAAAUCGCUCAAAUGCUUAGUGUAACUCUAAAAUACCUUCCAUUCUUAUUGAUACUUUUAUCAAAAGUUGUAUUCGACCAUAUUCCAGAUAUUCUGCUCUUUUCGGUGCUAUUUAUUUCAUUUUGUUACUUCAACCAAAUGGUAAAGCUAGAGGUGGCCAAAAAAUCAUUGCGCAGUAUUGGUUUUUUGUUGUUUGCUAUUUGUCAUGUGGCCAUGUCUGUAUUUCUAUUCUACUUCUUCUACACCGAAAUUAUCUUACACUUUGGGUUAAUAUUUAUUCCUCCUUCCACACAGUCCUUGACAGUUAUCAACCUAUUAUGGUCAAUAGCAGCGGAUGAUUACAUUUUGAAAUUAACAACAAUUGUUUUUAAAAUAAUAGUUAUCAUGAUGCCAAUAAAGGUUUUACCAAUAGUUAAACGAGGAAAAGUAUACCUGUUCAUUGAAGUUACAUCUCAAUUGUAUCGGUGUUGUGCGCCGAUUCGACCUUGGUUGUAUUACAUGUUAGAAUCUUAUCAGGGUCCGAAAAAGGCGAUUGGAGUCAUUUUAUCUGCCGCUUACAUAGUAUCAAAAGGUACCAAUUUAAUAGGUUGUGUGAAACUAUGGCGGACAGCCUUAUACAAAUUACUUCAGAAUGUUGCAUUGGGUACAGCACCGAGUAAAGAGCAGCUGACUAUAGCUGGCAACAAUUGUCCAAUAUGCCAUGACGAGUAUGCUACACCUGUUUUGUUGCAAUGCGAACACAUAUUCUGUGAAGCUUGCGUGGCCAAAUGGUUUGAUCGCGAGCAAACAUGUCCAAUAUGUCGGGCAAAUCUUGUUGAUAACCCUGCGUGGCAAGAUGGUUCUACGACAAAUUAUAUACAACUCUUUUAACAUUUAAAUAUUUAACUU